CCCUGUGAUUGCUGAUAAUAAAGGGCAAUCGGAAGUGUGAGUUGAACUGCCAGGCGAUGGGCUACCGCUUCUACGUGCGGCAAGCGGAGAAGGUCAUUGACGGUACCCCCUGUGACCAGAACGGCACGGCCAUCUGCGUGUCUGGGCAGUGCAAGAGCAUCGGCUGUGACGACUACCUGGGCUCUGACAAAGUCGUGGACAAAUGUGGGGUGUGUGGAGGCGAUAACACAGGCUGCCAGGUCGUGUCUGGCGUCUUCAAGCAUGCCCUCACCAGCCUGGGCUACCACCGAGUUGUGGAGAUUCCCCAAGGAGCCACCAAAAUCAACAUCACUGAGAUGUACAAGAGCAACAACUAUCUGGCUUUGCGAAGUCGUUCUGGCCGCUCCAUCAUCAACGGGAACUGGGCAAUUGACCGGCCAGGAAAAUACGAAGGCGGAGGGACCAUGUUCACUUACAAGCGUCCAAAUGAGAUUUCAAGCACCGCUGGAGAAUCCUUUUUGGCUGAAGGCCCCACUAAUGAGAUCUUGGAUGUCUAUAUGAUACACCAGCAGCCUAAUCCGGGAGUCCACUAUGAGUACGUCAUCAUGGGGACCAACGCCAUCAGCCCCCAGGUGCCUCCUCACAGGAGACCAGGGGAGCCCUUCAAUGGCCAGCUGGUCACGGACGGGAGGAGCCAGGAGGAGGGAGAAGAGAAGGAGGGGACCGAGGAGAAGGAAGACCUGCGCGGUGGGGCGCCUGAAGUAUUCCCGUCGGGGUCAGCGCAGGCCUUCCCGGUCAGGCAUCCACAUGCAUUUUCCCCCCAUCGGCCAGACAAUUUGGUGCCGGCGGCACCGCAGCCCCCACGGCGAAGCCGGGACCACAACUGGAAGCAGCUGGGGACAACGGAAUGCUCAACAAGUUGUGGGAAAGGGUCGCAGUUCCCUGUCUUCCGCUGCGUACACAGAAGCACCCACGAAGAGGUUCCCGAGAGCUACUGCGACUCCAGCAUGAAGCCGACCCCCGAAGAGGAGCCCUGCAACAUCUUCCCUUGCCCAGCCUUCUGGGACAUCGGAGAGUGGUCUGAGUGCAGCAAGACCUGCGGCCUGGGCAUGCAGCAUCGCCAGGUCCUGUGCCGCCAGGUGUAUGCCAACCGCAGCCUCACGGUGCAGCCCUACCGCUGCCAGCACCUGGAGAAACCCGAGACCACCAGCACCUGCCAGCUCAAGAUCUGCAGCGAGUGGCAGAUCCGCACCGACUGGACCUCGUGCUCAGUGCCCUGUGGGGUGGGACAGAGGACCCGGGACGUGAAGUGUGUGAGCAACAUCGGGGACGUGGUGGACGAUGAGGAGUGCAACAUGAAGCUGCGGCCCAACGACAUCGAGAACUGCGACAUGGGGCCCUGCGCGAAGAGCUGGUUCCUCACCGAGUGGGGCGAAAGGUGCUCGGCCGAGUGUGGGGCUGGAGUGCGGACACGCUCAGUGGUGUGCAUGACCAACCACGUCAGCAGCUUGCCCCUGGAGGGCUGUGGGAACAACCGGCCGGCGGAGGCCACCCCAUGUGACAACGGCCCCUGCACGGGCAAGGUGGAGUGGUUUGCCGGGAGCUGGGGUCAGUGUUCCAUCGAAUGUGGGAGUGGGACCCAACAGAGGGAGGUGAUUUGUGUUAGGAAGAACGCAGACACCUUUGAAGUGCUGGACCCCUAUGAAUGCUCCUUCCUGGAGAGACCCCGCAGCCAGCAGUCAUGCCACCUCAAGCCUUGUGGGGCCAAGUGGUUUAACACAGAGUGGAGCAUGUGUUCCAAGAGCUGCCAGGGUGGCUUCCGGGUCCGGGAAGUGCGCUGCCUGUCAGAUGACAUGACCCUAAGCAAUCUCUGUGACCCUCAGUUGAAACCAGAAGAGAAAGAAUCUUGUAACCCUCAAGACUGUGUCCCUGAAGUCGAUGAAAACUGCAAGGACAGGUACUACAACUGCAACGUGGUGGUGCAGGCGCGCCUGUGUGUCUACAACUACUACAAGACCGCCUGCUGUGCGUCCUGCACGCGUGUGGCCAGCAGGCAGCCGGGCUUCCUGGGGAGCAGAUAACACGCCCCGACGCGGCAGUCUGGGAGCGGCGGGACCGGCUGGCCACUGGCCGCUGCUCCAGCAGGGGCUGGGGCGGCGCCCCCUCCUUCGGUAAAGCGUACACGUCGUGCCCAGGAGCCAAGCCACGGUUGUCCUUUAGCAUCACCAGAAACUGGUGAUCCCUUCUUGGGAACCCAGCGCCUGGUAAGGUGCUGUCUGAAAACCAAGCAGUGGGGAGGGGGGCGGGGUGCAUGUAGCUCUCAGUCAACUCCCCUGCCAGCACUUUGUAAGUCACCCAUUGGGCCCCGAUGGGGUGCUGCCUCCUCCAUGGUGCCACUGCCCUUUUCAAUAUCGGGGCCCCUUGGAGAGUCAGAAGAGGCAGCUCCCGCCCCGGAGCCCCACCAAGCCUUGCUGAGACGCCUGCUUCCCACUGUUACCUCAGCCUGGCUGUGCCUAUUUUUAUUCUCAAAGACAUUAGGCUUUUUCCUGCCUUAUGACACAAGUAUCUUCGGUCAAUAUAGUGCUUUAUUGUUUCACAGGUGUAUUCACAGGUCACAAAGCCCCAGAACGGAAGCCAGGGAAUGAAUCAUUAUGCCCAUUUUACUGACAAGGAAAUUGAGACUCAGUUUAAGUAACUGACCUGUCAGGUACAUUCACCUGUUUGAUGGCAGAGUUGAGUCCGACCCCUGUCGUCUGACCCUAACACUCACCCCAAGGCCUGCCCAGAAGCCUUAGGUCCACAGGACGUGGCUUCCUCUCAGACCACGUGUCUGAGAAAUUUCCCACUUAGCAGACGAAGCCCAGCUUUUGAAUUCUUCCCUCUGGCCAAAGGUCAAGACUGUAUUCACUACACUCUGUUGUUUCCAAAGUCUGUCUGUUUAACCCUUCCCUGAUGAAGUCACAGACCCUGGUUACAGGACUCUGCACAGGCUUUGUUAAACCCCGUCCUUAACGGAACUGUCCUUGAGACAAGAGAGCCAUUGGGGCGGCCAGGUGAUGCCUGAAAUUUUGAUUGCAUUCCCCAGUGAUAGGUGCCCCCCCCCCCAGGGAAUCGCACACCAGGGUCCCUCUGGAUGUGGAGCCCUUGUUUUGUGGCUCUGGACUCUGGGCUCUCCGCCCUUUGAUGACACUUCUUCCGGGCUCUUCACCCAGGGGGAACUCUAACCAGCCUAUAUCAGCAUAAAACCUGUGUUUAUAUUAGAAAGAUUCCCUUUGGUUUUUCCAGUUUGAUUUAUGGGUUUCUGUUUUGACUUCUCAUCCCUCCCUCCCACUGUGACUCACAACCUGUAAUCCACCAUCCCAGACCUGAGCACUAAGAUCUCCACUCAUACAACUAGCCAGGGGGAGGUUCCUUCAGUGAUGGCCACAGUGGCAGGGCCCUCCCUGACUCUGCAGUGUCCAGAGGCCGCAGGCUACAAGGGGGAUGCAGUGCAAAGUGAAAGGUUAA